AUGGUCCAAGUUACAACUAUAAUGGGCGUUCCUGUCCUCUUCUUGGCUCUUAACGCCCUAGCUUUGCCAACAGGCACAAAUAACACGAGUCUCAAUCAGCGAGAUGAUUUAUCUGACUUGAAGCUUAAUUACGAGAGCAAGCAAGCUGAGCAUGGGGAGGAGAAGCGUGAGCCUAGCCUCCAGUUUGCCUUCAAGCGCGACCAGACCGAGCAUGAGGAGGAGAAACGUGAGCCUAGCCUCCAGUUUGCCUUCAAGCGCGACCAGACCGAGCAUGAGGAGGAGAAACGCGAGCCUAGCCUCCAGUUUGCCUUCAAGCGCGACCAGACUGAGCAUGGGGAGGAGAAGCGUGAGCCUAGCCUCCAGUUUGCCUUCAAGCGCGACCAGACUGAGCAUGAGGAGGAGAAGCGUGAGCCUAGCCUCCAGUUUGCCUUCAAGCGCGACCAGACUGAGCAUGAGGAGGAGAAGCGUGAGCCUAGCCUCCAGUUUGCCUUCAAGCGCGACCAGACUGAGCAUGAGGAGGAGAAACGCGAGCCUAGCCUUCACCCUACAUCCUGCACAGACUUCCUACCAAAACAGGCUCUUCUAUAG